CUGGCGCCUUUCGCUCGCACUGGAAGCGACGAGCGCGGUUCAAUGUUUCUCCACGGAGUGCAGUACUCAAACCUUUGCCCCUGGCCGAAACACCGUGAUUUCGACUGAGCUGAGCGCUUUUCCUCGGGAGUAAGGAGGCGUCGGAGGGCAAAAGAAGAAGCAGCCAGCCCCCGAGACCAUGAUCAGCGCGGCGGAGUGCGCGGUGGACGCGCAGAGUCUCAUCUCCAUCUCGCUGCGUAAGAUCCACAACUCGCGGACGCAGCGCGGCGGCAUCAAGCUGCACAAGAACCUGCUGGUGUCCUACGUGCUGAGGAACGCGCGGCAAGUCUAUAUGAACGAGAAGUACGCCGAAAUCUACAGGAUGCAGCAGUAUGAGGAGGUGAUGACCGUGUGCAACGAGAUCCAGGAGCUCGACCCGCUCGACGUAGUGGCCGCCGCCGACGAGUGCGAGGAAGUGGGAGCCGCCGAGCAGCAGUGCUGCGCAGGCGGCAUGGCGAGUGAGCCGCCGAGCCUGUGCGGAGCGCAGCCGUGCUCUCCCCCCUCCACGCCCGAGGAGGCGUGCAAGCCGUCCGAGGCUCUUUUCUACCGGAGCUGCUGCGCGGAACCUUACCCACUGCCGCCGUCCCCAUCGCCGUGCGAUUUCUCGCCGGCGCACUGCAACAAGACGACCGUGCUGGACCUGGACACGCACGUAGUCACCACGGUGGAGAACGGCUGCUUGCACCAGGACUGUUGCACGCCGCUGCAGCCGUGCAGCAGCCCGGCUAAAAAGCGCAAAGUGUCGGACUACAGCUGCUGCUACUACGCGCCCGAGCUGGAGGACAUUUCGGCGGAGCCCGCGCCGUGCAAGCGAGCCAAGCUCGAGGACUGCUGCUCGGACUGCUUGGACACGGCCAACAUCUCCAACCUGAUCUCCAUAUUCGGCUCGGGUUUCUCGGGACUCGUGAGCAGGCAGGCGGACUUGGAGCAGGCGUUUAACGGCCAGUUUUGCAGCAAGCAAGCGCUGGCUAGUUUAGGCGCCUGGACGAGAGCCAUCGUAGCUUUUUGACCCCGCGUGUGGUGAAGAGAGAGUGAGAGACAAAAACACAGCCCCGGACUCGAAGACAAACGCUUUAUGAAAUUGUACAAAAGUCUAAGACACAGAUCGACUUUAUUUUUGCAGCAAGAUGUUAUUUAAACGUGUUUUUGUUUGUUUUUAAGUCACGGUUUAGUUUCGUUUCAAUGCUAGGAAGAGGGAAGGAGCCGAAGAGUGGUUUGUAGCCUGAGUUAGCUAACCUACCACUUGGGAUGUGUCCUUUUAAAGCAGACAAUGUUAACAUGAUUUUUUUUAACCUUACUGAAAUAAUCUUAACGAAGUUGAAUUUCGUUGCCUUAAAGCCCCCCCUCCCCCAGAAAACGCGAACUGCUAGCUAGCUGUCACCACGAAACAUGGGCAAGUCUGAAUGUGUUUGCUAGUGGAUUGUUUCUUUCUGGUUUUUCUGCUCUUUUCAGUUUCACUCACAAGGAACUUUCACAAAGAUCUCGUAAAAUAACAUUACCCAUGUCAUGUUUGAAAUGAUCCAAACUAAAUCAGCUUAACUUUGCACGUUCUCAGUCACGUUAGAGUGGUAUGUAAUACUUUUAUUAGGCUACAUUUACCAUCCAGCACGACUUUGUCGAACUUACUGCUCACAGGAAAAACACCAUGUGAAGCUCCAGAGGACUGGCAUAUUUCCGACUACAUCUUUAAUAUCAUGUAAGGCAAUCGUGUAGGCUAAUGAAGGUGCAAUAUUUGAACUCCCUCUCUUUCUGUCUGGCUUGUUGUCUUCUCUGUAUCUUGAAGUGGCCUGGUGCGUUUUGUUGACUGCACUGACUUAAAGCACCAGUUUCCUCUCCAGCGUGUGUGUAGUCCACCUAUGCCAGUCGCCUCAUCACAUUGAACGUUGGGGGCCAUGAUUUAACACUACAACUCCCAGAAUGCACGACGGAAUUUAAUCAGCCAGGUGUUUGGGUUUAUGAUUUUGUUUCGUUGUUGACUGUUUGGUCUCCAGAGCGUUAGCAUUUCCCUUCCUUUUACUCUCUUAAAAGUUGAUUAAGCCUUCACAGUAAUUCAUGAUGCCAGCAUUUGCUUGGUUUUGUGGGUUUGAUUUUAUUUUCUACAAUGUUAGACCUUUUGUUCUAAAAAGGCAAUCUCAUAAGUUAGCCAUAAGUCCUCACAUUAUAUAAGCACUAUGUGUACUGAAUUAAAGACGUUUUCAGACGUACUCUCCAUAUUUUGUUGGUAUUCUUGUAUUUUUGUGCAUAUUAAAUUGUAUAUCACCGGGUAAAACUGUUUUAGAAAGUAUUUGUUUAAAAUUUAUAACCUUAAUAAAAAAUGAAUUUCA